UCGCGCUGAGGGCGGCUGAGAGUGUGUAAGCGACGAAUCAAAAGAUUCGCGCGCCGAGCUCGACUUUUCAACUGCAGUCUCACCGGCAACUUGGCUCUAAAGAAUCGCUCUCUUCUCUCUCUGCGAUUGCUGACUUUUUGCGGGGUUGAGCUGCGACUCGACUUGACAACCACAAUCGACGCCGAACAAUCGUCCAGUCAUUGGUUUUGCACUUACACAACGACUAGACAACGCAGUCUUCGCGCAGCAGCGCAUCCAAACCGCCCAACAUGAUCUUCGCAAUCCUGUUCAUCUUCUGGCGCAUCGCCGAGAUUCUUACUCUGAUCCCCAUCAUGGGCAUGCUAGCCUACUUUGUCAACAUCCACCUCGAGUCCAACACCAUGACGCCGACGUACAUCCUGCUGCUUUUCAUCGUGUCGGUCGUCGCGCUGGCCUGGUCGCUCUUCACGCUCUUCAGCUACCACCGGUCCUCGCGCAACGCCCAGUUCGUCGCGCUCGUCGACCUGGCCUUUCUCGGCGCCUUCAUCGCAGGAGUCUAUUACCUACGCUUUAUCGCCCGCGCCGACUGCGCCUCUCUCGAGUCCGGGUCGAGCGUCUAUUUAGAUUUUGGCCUGCUGGGGAGCGCGACCGUCGUGACGGGGUGGGACGUCAGCGUCAACAGGACGUGCAGCAUGCUCAAGGCGUGCUUCGCGCUGGGGAUCAUGAACUGUGUCUUCUUCUUUGUUACGGCCGUGCUCGCGUGGAUUCAUGGUGAUCGGGCUGUCAAGGAGGAGAGGCGGUAUGUGGAGACGAGGAGGAGGACGACGAGCCACAGUCGGCAUUCGCGCAGCCGCAGUGGCCGCCGCAGUCAUAGUGGCCAUCGCCAUGGCGGGGGAAGCAGGCGGAGCUCGCAUUCGCAUCAUCGGGCUUAUGUCUGAGAUGGUGGUGAGCUGGAGUUUCGGGGGGUGGGGGAGAGGAAAAGGUGGAAGAGGGAAGGCGUGGAUUGCUUCUUCCUUGCCAGCGUUUUUCGUGGGGGAGGUAUAUAUCAGGGCUUGAGACUGUGCAUAUGAUGCGAUGUGCAAAGGACGACCUCGAGGUCAGGCGUUGACAUCCAGUUACGAGGUCAUGACAUGCUCUUAGGGGGCUGGGCUGGUUAUGUUU